AUACACAGUUACACAUGAAUCAACAUCUACUUUUGUAGUGUUGUCACUAAUUAUCAAAACCUUUUUCUCCUAGCCAUAUUCAUCCAAUUCAAAUAAUCAUGGUUAAUUUUCUUGUUUUCUCACUCUGCAUUGUUGUGAUUUUUGGUCUAGCAAAUGGUUUUAUUGGUGUAGAUGCCCGCCGUGCUUUCUUCGUGUUUGGAGACUCACUUGUUGAUAAUGGCAAUAACAAUUUUUUGGCUACCUCGGCGCGAGCCAAUUAUCCACCUUAUGGCAUUGAUUUUCCAACUCGUCAACCCACUGGACGUUUCUCCAAUGGCUUAAACGUUCCUGAUUUAAUCAGUAAAGAACUUGGGUCAUCUCCUCCUUUGCCAUAUUUAAGUCCUAAGCUCAGAGGGCAUAGAAUGCUUAAUGGUGCCAACUUUGCUUCUGCCGGCAUUGGAAUUCUCAAUGACACUGGAUUUCAAUUUAUAGAAGUAAUCAGAAUGUACAAACAGCUAGAUUUUUUCGAAGAAUACCAGAAAAGGGUGAGUGAUCUAAUUGGUAAAAAAGAAGCUAAGAAAUUAAUAAAUGGAGCACUAAUCCUUAUUACAUGUGGAGGUAAUGAUUUUGUGAAUAACUACUACUUGGUGCCAAACUCCCUAAGAUCCCGCCAGUAUGCUUUACCAGAAUAUGUCACGUAUUUGCUCUCUGAGUACAAGAAGAUUUUACGGAGACUAUAUCAUCUUGGAGCACGUAGGGUUCUGGUGUCAGGAACAGGUCCAAUGGGUUGUGCUCCAGCAGCAUUAGCUAUAGGAGGCACAGAUGGUGAAUGUGCACCUGAGUUACAGCUUGCUGCGUCCUUAUACAAUCCAAAACUUGUUCAGUUGAUCACAGAACUCAAUCAACAAAUUGGAUCUGAUGUUUUCUCUGUGCUUAACAUAGAUGCACUCAGUCUUUUUGGAAACGAAUUCAAGACAUCAAAGGUGGCAUGUUGCGGUCAAGGACCUUAUAAUGGAAUUGGACUGUGCACAUUGGCAUCAAGCAUAUGUCAAAACCGUGACGACCAUUUAUUUUGGGAUGCAUUUCAUCCAUCUGAAAGAGCCAACAAAAUGAUCGUUAAGCAAAUCAUGACAGGUUCCACAGAUGUUAUAUACCCAAUGAAUCUCAGCACCAUUUUGGCCUUGGAUUCUAAGAUCCCUCUCUAGCUAAACCACCAAUCAAUAUUAUGAUUCCAUGUAUAAUAAGUACAUUAUCUAUAUUGGAACUUGAUUAAUAAUAAGUUUUAUGUAUCAUUUUGAGUCCACAAAAAAAUGUUAUGUAAUAUGUAUCGUAGUAUAUAUGUUGUUAUGGUUUGAAUAA